GAAGGCUAAACACCAGUGCAAGCAUGGACUUUACUCCAGCCCAUUCACAGAUGAAAUUGAGGUCAUCCCAUAUCCACAGUUUGUUGGACCUUUCCCAGCAAGCUCCGGCUAUCCUUAGAAAUCCCCCCGGUUCUCACCUGUUUCCUCUAACCCUUUUUUCAAAACCGGAGACUCCGGAGCUCUGGGCGAACUAUGAGAAUCUCCUGGUGGCCUGCUUGGCGACAAAAGACGAUAAAUGCGCUUUGGAUUGCUUACAGCGCAUGACGACCCGAUUCGGACCGGCGAACGAACGCGUGAUGGGACUACGGGGACUCUAUGAGGAGGCCCUUGCCGAGAACGAAGCGGCUCUGGAGAGCAUAUUGAGGGGUUAUGAUCUUGUGCUGAAAGAUAAUCCUGUAAAUGUGCCUAUAUUGAAGCGUCGUGUCGCGCUUUUGCGCUCUAUGGCACGUAAUACCGAUGCAAUUUCUGCUCUCGUCGAGUUCCUCGAUGCGUUCCCCACAGACGCUGACGCUUGGUGCGAGCUUUCAAGCCUCUACGAAUGUCAAGGGUUACACGCUCAGGCUAUUUUUUGCCUUGAAGAGGCCCUUCUUGUUGUUCCAAAUGCAUGGAAUCUACAUGCGAGACUAGGUGAGAUGUUGUACAAAUCAACAGUUUUAUCAAGCAAUACAGAAGCAGCCCUUAGGGUUUUAGCUGAGUCUGUUAAACGCUUUUGUCGAAGUAUUGAACUUUGUGAUGGCUAUGUCAGGGGGUAUAUUGGCCUACAGCUGAGUUCAAAACGCCUUUUGGAGUUGAUAGAUGUGAAAUCAGAAGGCAAGGAGAGUGAUCUUCCUCCAGUGGAUGUUGUCCACAAACUUCAUCAGUUAGCAACACACAAAUUGCAACAUGUUGAAGUUUAGCAUGCAAAAUAAUGAAUUACAUUUAGAAUAUGCUUUUGGUUGCUGGAAAUUAUGAUGAUAAAUUCAUAAUUGGAUAUUAACUUACCCUAAAUAGCUUGGAGAAGUUCACUACAAGCACACUCCUGCAAUGAGCUUAUGAGCCUGUGCUCAAUUGAGGUUUGAAAAUUUGUGAGCGCUCUGCGGUCAUGUCAUCAGGUGGUUAUAC